AUGGCUUGUCCCUGGGUUGUAGGAGGGCUUUUCCUGGCGCUGUAUCUCACACACGCGACAGUGCUGUGCGAUCAAUCAACAUUCGAGGCCAGGAAUGCAGGAAGAGACCAGCGCUACUCGGGGUCUAUACUGCUGAGCACAUCGGUCUUCAGCCGGUCUGCGUGCCUGAGCCUGUGUGGCAACAACCCGCGCUGCGACGGCUUCAGCUACGCAGGAGGUUCGUGCCAGCUGAUGAGCUGCGUGACGGGCCUGGUGGCGGCGGCAGGUUGGAUCUCCUACGAAAUGACUUUUCCUCUUCGCCAUUACACGCCCCAAGGUGCCUGCGUGACCUGCCCCUGUUCCGGAGCAAAAGAGUGCGUGAGCUACUCAACCCUCGCACCCAUGCCGUACACCUACCAGGCCGCCUACGCCGCACUGCCAGGCUACAUCUGCACCGCGGCUCAGCCUUUCAUUGACCAGCGCAAACAGAACAAAAGCUGCAAGUUCGUGAGUCACUGGAACGUGGAGGUGACUGAUGCCUGCAUCUCCGUCGCAUCUUCCCUCUCCGAGACCUUCACUGCCUGCUCAGCCUAUGACUGCUUGUCGUUGCUUGCUGUGUUUGGUUCGAAUGAUGUAUAUGGGUACCUUUCCCCGACCUUGGCCCCUCUGGUGGGGAGCGCGACCACACCCAGUCAGAACUCCACAUGGAUAAAGGUCAGCUGGUUCCCAGAGUGCGCCUGAAAUCUCAAUACUGCUUCUGUACCUGGACCAUGCAUGCUUGGGACCUGCGAGUGGUACCACGAGCGGACUUGGACAAUGCAUGCAACUUGGGACCUGCGAGUGGUACCACGAGCGGACUUGGACCA